AUGGAUAAACAGCUGGUGCACUUCUGUAAUUGGCAAAACGGAUUUUCCAGUUACAUGGACGCCCUUCAGGAUCAUGAGGCCUCCUAUGAAUGUUGUUUGAGCAAUCUUUGCACAAGUUGUCCCCUCACCUGUCGUCGGAGCCCCCGGCUUCUUACCAAUGGCUACUACAUACUCACAGAGGACAGCUUUCUGUCAGACGAAGAUGGCAAUGUCACACUAAGCCCAUCGCAAACGAGCGUUACCUAUAAAGAGAAGUUAGUUAGAAUAUUUCGGAGAAGAAGAAGAAUCCGCCGAUCCCUUGUUAGCCUGUUCAAUAUUGGUGCCUCUAAUUCAUGGUUGAGUAGCACCUCUGGAGACUCAUCUCAUGUAGAGGAUCCUUGGUUGGAGGGAGACAGUAAGAUGGAGACCAGCCAAUGUUAUGACAAUGGUACUGUUGAUUUCAUUUUGGGACACAAAGCCAACAGAGCAGAAAGGCAUAAUUCAACACCAGAAAAGUCCUCUCCUUCAACAGAAUCUUUUACACUCAGAAAAGCCCUUUGCUCCAUGAUCAUUCUGUCCAUGUGUUGGAUCAUUUCUCUCUGUGUAAGGUAA